AUGAAAGAGAGCCUAAGUAUGCAUCCUAAUGUGUAUAGGGCUGCAAAGUCAGGAGACUUUCAAUCUCCUGAGUUUCAGUCCCUAAUCACAGCAAUUUCGGAAAACGGAGAGGAUCUUUUUCACCAAACAACGCCAAAUGGGAACAACAUUCUUCAUGUUGCAACUCAGCACGAGCAAGUAAAUUUCAUCGAAAAUCUUCUUCAACAUCCAUCGGGACCGCCUCUUCUUUGGCAGGGUAACUCCAAAGAAGAUACUCCACUACAUAUUGCUGCCACCAUGGGAAGCUGGAAAUCUGUUCGAGUCCUUAUUAAUAUGGUGAAACUGCACAGCAUUGUUGAAAACGGACAAGUUGAUGCAUGUAGAGAACUACUUAGAAAGCCAAAUUUGCAUAAGGAUACUGCACUGCACUAUGCAGUAAGAGGAGGCCAUGAAUCAGUGGUGAAAUUGCUGAUUGAAGAGGAUCCUCAAUUGGGUGGUGUUACUAAUGCUGCUGAUGAGUCCCCACUUUAUCUUGCAACAGAUAGAGGGCAUUUGUAUAUCAUGGACCUGAUUUUACGUGCUUCUGUGUUGCCAUCCUCUCAUAAGGGCCCUAAGGGAUUGACAGCUUUGCAUGUUGCCAUCCAUCGCCCACUGCUGGCCAUACAUUUUCCCAAGGACAUGGCUCUUGAGCAAUUAUAUAUGGGGGUUAUAAUUUGA